AUGGGUGAUAUUGACCCAAAGGUUAUAAGGAAGACUCAAGACACACUUGGGAAGUUAAUUAAAAAACCGCCACUUACAGAAAAAUUGCUUUCACGACCUCCUUUCCGGUUCAUUCAUGACAUAUGUUUGGCACUUAUCCACUCAACGGGAAUUAUGAAGGGUCUUUUUACUGCAGAAGAAUUGAACGUAGAUUGCAUUAAAGAUAAGGAUGCGAAAUCCGCUUUCUUAAAAAAAGUCAUUGAUUACGUUACGGCAGCUCAUAAUCAUGCCUUGGACAUUAAAGUUGGCAGCAUUAUUUCGGGAAAAGAGGCUGAGCGCACAAACGUUCUCCUUCAGCUUCUUGCGGGAGCUGUCAACAACGGCGUUGAUAAUGCAGCAUGUGUUAAUAAGGCGUUAGGUGUAGCACAGAUCGCCAAGGAAUCCCCAUCAAAAUGCGAUAAGAAGGAGAAGAAAAAAGACACAAGUAAAUUGGAAAUUGCGGGAAAUAAUUUGUCAUGUGCAGCGCUUUCCAGGGUGAAUUCAUUCCACGAGCCUGCGAAACGUGCUGCUACUGAAAGUCGAAAAAGAAAUCCUGUAAGCAGUCGUUCCAAGGAUAGAAUUGAACGCACACAAGAAAGACAAAAGGACAGACAUGAGGAAUUACCGAGGAAGCUGUCAAACAAGUUGUCAUCUUCGAAGCCAUCAAACACGAGUUCAGACGUUACAAAAGAAGUCGUUGUUAAAUCGGGGGAUGAGGUUGGGAGUAAACCCACGGUUCAGCUGCCCGGACCAAGCAACAAUGGACGCGAACGUUCUACCGAUCUACAGCCUACACCGAAUGUCACAGAGGGGGUUGUGACGACUUCACCUCAAUCUCGAACCAGUAGACCCUCUUCAGCAAAGGGUCUUAAAAAACCUAUCACUGAGCCACCUCAAUUUGAAAAGCAGGCCACAAAAACGGAUUUAUCGGCCAAGACCUCUCCGGGACAGAAUUCAACAAAGGCACCCACCCCGGAUCCACCUGUAUUUGCUGAAUUUCCCAAAGAGAAGACGCAAGAACUGAUGGAACCGACAGGAUCAAACGCUUUGUCGUCGUCUUCAGUGGCUGGAAUCAUGGUGGAGAACGAAAUCUUCUCGGAUGAUGAAGAUGAGGACGAUGUACGAAGAGGCGGGGGAGAGGAGGAGAACGUCUCGGGGAUUCGCCUGGCGCAUGCCAGUGGCGGUGAGGGCGAUUUCAGUGACGUCGAGGAUAUUGGACAGGCUAAUGGUGGCCUCGUGUCCAAACUCCUAAGGGCGAAAAAGGAACUUGGCGGAGAAGGCACUCCCCACCCCACUGGAAGCAAACAGUCGAACUUGAUUGUUGUCAAUGAGGUGGCCAAGAAACGCGACCGCGAAGCGACCGAGCGGGAGAUGGAGAGACUGUGCCAGAUUUUGCAAAACCUAACCAGAUCUGCUCUACCGCUUGGCAAGUUGAUUGACUUAAUGCAGGAGGACUUCGAGUGCAUACAAACGGAGUAUCGCGAGUGGAAGGAGGAGGACGAGCGACGACAGCAACGAAUCCGAAAAAUGGAGGGCCAAACUGAUCUCUAUCUUGCACAGUUGCAAGAAGAACUGACCCAAUUUGAACAUAAGCAGUCUCAGUAUCGUCGGGCGAUUGCUUCGGUGAAGGCCAACAUUUUGAAUAAUGAUCAAACCAUCCAGCAGAUGCUGAUCCAGUCGACAGAAACUUCGUAA